CCCGCCGCAUCUCCCCUGUCCAGCUGGGCGGGGACUGCUGUACGACUCUGUAAAGUCUGUGAGUCACUGCACAACCCAUCAAUCCAAUUAAAUGUCUCGAGCGAGCCGAGCAGGGGGUGCUGCCGCCGCCGCCGCCGCCGCUCGCCCCGCCGCGGCCGCCCCUGCUCGCAGCGCCCCUCUGAUCCAUGGCUGUCUGUCUGUACUUGUUACGGUGUAACCUCCUCCUCCUCCUCCUCCUCCUCCACCUCCUCCUCCUCCCUCUCCUCAGGAGCCGCUGCAACUUCCCCUCUGCCAGCCUCCUCUGCUUGGGGACUGCAAAGGCAUGGGAUAGAUCCAGAGCCACUUCUCUCUAUCUCCCCUCCAGCCCUCGCUCAAUUUCCCCCCUUUAAAUUAAAGUCUGUUCCUCGCUCCUCGUCGUUUUAGAAAUUUAUUUGUCAGUCUAUUAUUUCCCCUGAUUUAUUUUCCCUCCCUGGGGUAAGGGGUCGCAGGAGCCGGUGGGUUUAUUUUAGGGAAGGGGCUCUCCACCCCCACCCCCGUUUCUCCUCCUUUUUCGGCCGUGACUUGAUUGCCCUGUUCCUCUCCGCUCCCACCCCUCGAACUCACCGUCCUGCACUCGAGUGACGCACCGACACCCCCCGCCCACUGCCCAGACGUCCCCUCCCUCGCUGCCACCCCGACCCGACUCGGAGCUGGACCCGGUGCCGACUUCUUCGCAGAAGGAUAUAUGUUGGGUAAAGGAGAAAAACGGAAGUUUGACGAGCAUGAAGAUGGGCUGGAAGGCAAAAUCCUGUCUCCCUCCGAUGGGCCAUCCAAGGUGUCUUACACCUUACAGCGCCAGACUAUCUUCAACAUUUCCCUUAUGAAACUCUAUAACCACAGGCCCCUCACCGAGCCCAGCUUGCAAAAGACCGUUCUGAUCAACAACAUGUUGCGGCGGAUCCAGGAGGAGCUCAAACAGGAAGGCAGCCUGAGGCCGGUGUUCGCCUCCGCCGCCGCCGCCGCCGCCGCCGCCACCGCCGCCACCGCCUCUCCCCCGCCCGACUCGCUGAGCGACAGCUACCGGGAGGCGGCGCCGCCCGCCCUCAGCGCCCCCGCGCCCCCGCCCGCGCACGCCUGCGACCUCGGGAGCACUACGCCGCUGGACGCCUGCCUCACGCCCGCCUCGCUGCUCGAGGACGACGCCGACGACACGUUUUGCACUUCCCCGGCCGCGCCGCCCGCGGCUGCCGCCAGACUGUCGGCCCCAGCGCCCCCGCCGGAGAAGGACAGCUUCUCCUCCGCCCUGGACGAGAUCGAGGAGCUCUGUCCCACGUCUACCUCCCCCGGGGCCGCAGCCGCAGCGCCCGACAGCUCCCGAGGGGGCUCCGGCGCGCCGGGCGGCCCGAAACCCGAAGACCCGAAGCUGAUGGACUCUCUGCCCGGGAACUUCGAAAUCACGACGUCCACGGGGUUUCUGACAGACUUGACCCUGGACGACAUCCUGUUUGCCGACAUCGACACGUCCAUGUACGACUUCGACCCCUGCACGUCUGCCUCGGGGCCGGCCUCGAAGAUGGCCCCGGUGUCGGCCGACGACCUCCUCAAGACUCUGGCCCCUUACAGCAGUCAGCCGGUCGCCCCGAGUCAGCCUUUCAAAAUGGACCUCACGGAGCUGGACCACAUCAUGGAGGUGCUGGUCGGGUCCUAAGAGCCCCGGCCCGGCGCCCGCGCCGCCCAGACCCUGCGAGUGUCCCUGCACCCCACAGCUCUCCGCACUGUGCAUGCACCCUUGCUUGCCUUUUUCAGAGGAAAAGAUCGUUUUACAAAAGGAUCACACUAGUUUUUGCUUUGAGCAGAGUUGGAGUGCCUUCAUCCACGUCUGACCACUUUUAAUAUGCUUUUUUUUUUUUUGAGUGGUCCUCGGAGACCUACUGCCCUGGAAUAGGAAAGAAUGCUUUUGAAGACAAUGUGGCUAUGCUGAAUGACAGAAAUAAACAGUUCAAGUGAAGCACAAGGAAUAAGUUGGAAAAGCUGUAAAUUGCAUGUGCAUAUUGUCUAUUUUUUCUAUAAGUUUUAUUGCAAGAGGUAAAAAGAGAAAAUAUAUAUAUAUAUUAUUUAGAUAAUCUCAGUACCUUUUCUGGCAUUUUCGCCCUGUAUAGGUUGACUUGGCAAUUCAGCCUUUUUAGAGGCAUUAACUACUCCUCCUAAGUGUUGCAUUUACAUGGCUGUUUAGAAACUGCUGCCCAAAUUUAUUUUAUAUUUUUGUACAGAUUCUGCAGUUUAUGAUAUUGUUUUUCUAAAAACAAAUGCUGUUUAUACAUAUGAGAUAGCUAUUUUGAUAGGAUUUGCUCACAUAGUUCCUGCAAACUUCAGAUGUACAAGUUGCACUUGUACUUUUAUAGAGUUGUAAUGUUUUAUAUGUGUUUGGUGCAAAGAGAAAAUUGGGUCAAAGUAAUCCGCAGUUGAUGUCCCCAAAUGCAAACACACACACACACACACACUGCUUUCAGAAAGGGCCAGGCAAUAUCACACCCAAAUUUCACAGGCACCAACCCCCUGGCAUGAACACCCGCCAGCACUGUGACUUCCAAAGCCAGAGCCGCGUCUGCUCAUCAAACUUGCAUUAAGCAGUUGGCGGGAGAUGGCCACGGAGCUGGGGGGUUGAAGUGAUGGUUCUCUUUAGCUCCCUCUCUUGAGGGGAAGCCUACCGAAUACUCACUGUAUUUAUGCCAAGUUUGUGCUUUUAAUUGUUUUUAUUUUUUUAAACAAAACCCCAACUCUUUCCCUUUUGGCGUAAUUUUUACGAUGACCUGAAAUUUUACAUGAGAACAAAAUUUUCUGAAAAUUAACCAACCUCUUUGUGGAACGAAACCCUAUUGCAGAUGCUUAGGGCUCGUAAGGAAGAAACUACCCCCAGAAGGCAUCCACUGUGUUGCUCAGUUGUCUUUUCCAGCUUCCCUUCCCUAGAGCUUUUGUUCCCUCUGUUGCUAAGUGCUGAAAAUGUCAUCUUCAUGAUCACCACAGCGAGCUCCGCUCACCUCUGCCCAGCCUGGGGAUGCUGUCUUGUAACAGCCGUGGCUCUAGAACCUGGAGUUGGUACCAUUAUGUCACAGCUUCCAAUCUGGUUGCUUCCUUGAAUCAACUGCUUUAACUACACUUUUACAAGGCUGUUUUACCCAAAUAACACAGACAGGACUUUCUAUGCAUGUUUCUCCUCCUUCCCCUUGCCUCCCUGCCACCCCCUCCCCCGCCCCCACCCGGAACACUUGAGAAGUCGCUCUUUAUUCCUAGUGGUGUACAUUUAAUUUUAAAACACUUGCAGUGUAUCAUGCUUGUUGCCGAAAUUGUUGAUGGCCUUUUCGUUUCAGUUUUUUUCUUUCUUCCAAUGGUACUUUAGCUGGUUACAACCUAUAUUGUUGAAAUGCAGAUGGCUUCUUUAGGAAUAACUUUUAUAUUUAUUUAAGAAUUUUUAAAUUAUGGGAUUUGUGUUGUUGUUGUUGUCUUUGUUGUUGGUCAUUUGUCAAUAUUCAGUCACCAGUUCUGCUCACUUCUUGCCAUGGAUAAAAAUUGAGUCCUUCUGGCCAAUUAAAAAAAGACAGCUUUAUAAAAUGGCACUUUAAACAAGCCAUAGUUUUAUUUUUAUAAUGCACAUGGCAAAGCAAACACAUUUGUGAUGAAGGAACUGCUCGUCUAAGCAAACGAUUUCUGUAUGAUAUGAUUAAACUUUUCUGUAUUCGAAUUUACUUUUCCCCCACUUGAAUGUGUUUUUAAAGGCUAAUUGUCAACUCAGUAGAGCAGUGAGAAACAGAUCAAAUUGCACUUGUUCUCCUACGAGCAACCUCUGCCUGGACACCUCUUACUGCUGCAGACGCGUCAUCUCCUUUGAUAGGACCGGGGACCAUAGAGUUAAGGUGAGGGUUGUUGUAGACGCUUCCGGUGUCACUGUGCCUGUCCAUUUUAAGAGCUUCCUUUUCCUGUGGAGAACAAGUCAGCCCAGACGCCAUGCUUUCGAUAACGGGAGGACCCGGCGGGCUCGCCACAUGCCGCACACAUACACACACGUAUACAGACACAAUAGUGUUGAUUAUUCUGAACAAUAACAGGGGAAGGCGGUUGAUUUGCCAUUGUUAAAAACUGAUUUACAGUAACUUACAACAACUGUACUUUGGUUGGAUUAGCAAAUCGUGUGUUUAAACAAAUCCCAUAUGUUGGGCAACAGUUCAAAUAAGCACAGCAAAGUGUUGCCCAAACAUGGUUCUCUGACUCUCUCAUAUUUGUAAGGCUGGGCUUCAAAACCAAAACAGAAAACCCCCAACAACAGCGGGCAAAUGCUUUUUAACUCUGGACACCCUUGCCACAAAGGCUUGACAUUGAAGAUCUGCUGAGGAAGACAUGGGAAAUCGGUGGCCCGUUUCUAAAAGAACAAAACCAUCGAGUGUUCAAGUUAUCUUAGUCUUAUUUUCACAAGGCGGUGUCCCAGCGGGGAAGCACGCGGGCCUGGGUGUGAUCUCCAAGUCCCCGUCUUGAGUGUGGGAUGUGCUUCCAGAUGCCACGGGGCAGCAGCGCCUUCCCCCUUUCUAAAGGACAUCGCGUGGCAUUCAGAGUCAGGCAGGUGGUUGGAGGUGCUUUUACGGGAAAGACGUGCCGGGUGGGGCUGGGAGAGGAAAAUUAUUGACAGUGAUGUGCAAUGAAGUGACAAGAUGAGAGCAGAAUAAUAAGAGCUUUGAAUUUGAAGUGAUUUUUUUUCAUAAGUUAUUUAUUCCUUUUUUUUUCCAUGUAAAUAUAUUUAUUUUACUGUGGAGCUCUAACAACAUCUGGAUCGUAACAUGUGCAGAAUGUAUGGUAGGAAUGUAUUCUCUUGUAGGAAUGUCAAUCUGUAUUCAGAGGGGGUCCGAGCCAGACCCCUGGGUCUUCUCAUCGUGUAUGCUCAGCCCACAUUCAGUUUUCUCCUCUUCUCUCAUCUAGGUCUAUUUGAAAUAUGCAAAAGGUAUGGAUGAGGAAUGUUUCAAUACCUCCAAAUUUUUAAGAAAAUCAAGCAUCAAAGGGUUGAUAUUUUUAAAACUUUUUUUAGUAACACUUUCUCUUCCUGACAGAAGGGGCAAUCACACCGACACCCUCGUUCACACCAAAGGGUGGGAACUGGCCAGAGCCUCCACUACACCUCGAGUGUCUUUAUCAAUUGAGCUUUUAUUGCCAUAUCCCCGUGGAAUAUCCCAACUGCCCUGAGGUCAAUCAAGGAAAAUUUCUUGAAUACAUAAGCUCCAAAGAGCCAAAGUAUCAUCUUACAGAUCGUUUUUAAAGCUUAAAUUUAUCAACCACCUUUGUGGUAAACAAUGAAUUAUGAAUACUGCAGGGCAGCCUUCUUAAAUGACAGAUGUAAAAAAAAAAAAAAAAAAAAAAAGACUACUUUGUGCAGCGAUUGUUACCCGCUAUAUGAAUUGUCUUAGUUUCAAAACCUUGCUGUUACAAAUUGGACCUUUCUCCAUUUUCUGAGAAUAUUGAAAAGAGCAUAUUUAACUUGUUCUGGCUGCAAAUGGUUAACUUCCUGCGACUGCCGAAGGCAGCGAGGUGUGUGCGUCCUGCUUGUGUACAAUUGUUCUCAGUGCUUCUUAAGGGUGAGUCUAAAUGGUUCUUGAAAAUUAGCCAGGAUCAAAUGCUAUUGCAGACAAAGCCAAUAAAAAUGUUGGAUGUCUUUUGGGGAUACCAAGUUUGGAAGAGAAGUGCAGUCCAUACAAGCAAACAAGCUUUUGGAAAAGAUGUACAUAGUGACAUGUUUGGUGCAUGGUUUUUGAGGAAGGCUUUUGUCAAAAAGGAGGUGUAACCUUUCCCCCACAGACCUGAGAGCUGUGCCUUUUCUAUGCAAUAUUACAGACGUUACAUCGGAACCCAGAUAGCUGUAUUCACGUGUAGGUUUGGGCUGUAAUCUAAACAAUUGGACAGAUUAAAUGUACAUGGAAAUGAGCAGUCUUACUUUUGUAGUUUUAUAUUAUACAAUAAACAGUUAAAAGAUGA